UCAGUCAUGCACGCCCCCUUCUCGUGCUUUUCCGCCCACUUUCUCUCUUCUUGCAGUCGGACGAUAAUUCAGAAUACACCGUUGUAUCCGAAGAGUUUGAGGAGAUGGAUGGAGAAUUAUUUACAGAUUCAGAGCAGGAUUGGGCCAGUGCAUCUGAAUCUGACUGGAUGAACGAGACGGGAAAAGGGAAAGGAAAACAAGGGGGGAAAAGAAAGAUGAAUCAACAAAACAGUAGCAAGAAGAAAAUAGCCAGAAGUAAAAACUCUAGGCUUCCAGACCUGAAGAAGAUGAAUGCUGAAUCAGUUAUGAAGCAGACUAAGCCAGAAUGUGAACUGAAGGAAAACUGCUCAGAAACCGAUUUUAAUGAAGAUGGCAGAAGGAGAAUGAAAGAAAAAACGAAAAAGCAAAGAUGCUUCAAGCAGAGUAACAACAAGAGGCCAUUUUCCCACCAAAUAUCCAGUGUAAACAGGCAGAACAAGAAUAAAAAUGACACGGAGGUAGACGUAACAGAUGUCUUUCAGGAAGUCAGAAAUAAGAAACAGCUGGCUGUUCGUUGUGGAAAAAUGGCAGGUUGUCUGUACAGAAUAAAAUAUGACAAUGGAGAGAAGUGUAUUUCAUGUAAAGGGAAAUGGUUUACGCCCAGACAGUUUGAGGAGUUUGGAGGAAAAGGGCAUCACAAGAAGUGGAAGGGUAGCAUCUAUUACAAGCCAUCAAAUGGUCGUCAACAAGUUAAAUUACUGAAACUCAUACAAAAUGGGUGCCUUUCAGAGUUUGGACAACUGAGGGAGUCAGUUAGACAGGUGACACAGACAGAGAGAGAUGGUGCAAACUCAGUGCAAAAUGUAACAAGAAGGAGUGAAUUAAUUAACUCCUUAAAAGGUUUUCCAGAGUCCUGGAAAAGACUGUUUUCCAAGACUCUGGAAAUACCUGUGUGUGGAAUUGAAGAGAAAACAAUCCAGCCGGACAGUUCUUCAGAUGAGUCUGUAUCUGUUGCUGAGAGAGUCAAAAUGAACAGGAGAGAAUCUGUGAUUUUAGCUGAAACUGUCAAUAAAAAGAUGACAGAACCGGUAGAAUCUACUGCCAGUGCUAGAGAUUCAUCUGCACCUCCCACUGAUGCUACAGAACCUGCAGUAUCUCCUGUCGUAGAGGAGGCCAGUCAGACCACAGAUGAAGCAGCAGCAGCAGCUCAGCUGAACUUCAGUGAUUCACCUGCUGAAUGGCAGAACCCUGUUGCUUCUGAAGAGACUGAGAAGACAGGCCAGAUGCAGCUAUUUGAAUUUCUGGCAAACCAGUUUAAUACCAUCAACAACACCCUAAAAUCAAUUGAUUUGUCUUUGAAGAAGCUGAUAGAAAAACAGUCACAAAACACACUGCCUCAAUACAUCAGUCUAACUCCUGCUGUUAUUGAAAAUCCCCAGAUUCACUCCUCAGUCAAGGAGGAGCAAAUCACGGAAGUUUUAAAUCACUGAAGUAGACUAAACUUUGACACUGAACAAAUUAGGGGUAAUACUGAGAAUGCAGAACUGUGAUCUGAGAGGUUAUGAUUAAAAAUAUAUAUCUUUACUAGAUAAUUAUUACACAAGUUUGGUUUUAAUGUGCAAUAGCCAAGAAAAUUAACAUCUUUUGGUAAAAUCGUUUGCUGUUUUUUUGUUUGCCACAUAUUUAAAAUGUGAA